AUGCUGAAAUGGUUUCAGUUAGGAGUACGCCUUCUGUUUACCCUCGGAAUCUCACAGAAUUAUACUAUUGCACGAUUAGCAGAAAAAGAAGCUCUGCAUUACCACGAUAUCAUUCAGCAAAACUUUCUUGAUACAUACUACAAUUUAACGUUAAAGACAAUUAUGGCGGUACGAUUUGUGUACGAGUAUUGUGACAACGUGAAAUACAUACUUACUACAAAUGAUGAUGUGUUAGUGAACCUUUGGGUAGUGAUAAAAACUCUGCGACUUUAUUUAGAUACUAGGAAACCGCAAAAAGAAGUUGAGCGUACGAUAUUUUGUAACGUUUUUCAUCAUCCGAAAGUCAUUCGUGAUCCAAGAAAUAAAUGGUAUCUUAGUAGAAAGGAGUUUCCAAAUUACUAUUACAAUGACUACUGCGCUGAAUUAAUGAUUAUAAUUCCUAGCCAGCUCAUAAGAAAAAUGUUUGAAGCAUCUAAAAAAGCUACAUUUAUUAAAAUUGCUGACUAUUUUUUGACUGGAAUAUUGGCAACGAAAGCUAAAGCAAAAUUCAAAGACUUUUCAACUAAGGCAUUUAAUCACAAAUUUAAAAAAAGUCGAUCAGCUUUUCUGCUUAGAACGAUUUAUUUUCAAGCGACUGAAAGUAUUGAACAGGCAGAAGAGAUGUGGAACCAACUAAAACACAAAUAUAGCUCAGGAAAGAAGCAAUAUGAGGAAAAUGAUGAGAUAAAACGAUUUUGA